UUCCUUUCUUUUAGAAGUCAGUUGUGUGUUAACUUAUUAAUGUGGCUGAGGUUAUGUUAAUGAAAAUGUUGAACAAUUAUAAAGUCCCCCGCGAUUUUAUUCAUUGCAAAAAGUCUACACAAAUUUGGUUGAAGUCUCUUUUUUUUUUUAUAAAUUGGAUGAAAAAUUGCAUUUAACUAUUUUUGGCACCAAUUUGGAAUAGCUUCUUUUUUGUCUUACAUUCUGAAAAGCAUUUCGAAUCACAACAAAGUAUUUCUCAUUUAUUAAGGACAUAAGUAAUUCUUUCGCAAUCGCGUUUGUUGAUGUAUGAGGUCAUGUUACUGAAAAAUUUGAAGAGUUAUGAGAUGAGCGGAAAAGAAUUAUAUUUUAAUGCUUCCACCCAUGUAGUAUAGCUAUUGUGGUGGUUUGUCUCAUUUAUUAAGGGCAUAAAGUAUUGCUUCCUUUGAAAAGUGCAGUUAUAUGGUAGAAGUUAUAUUGAUGAAACAUAUAGAAGUAUAAAGAUAGUCGCGUUUUCAUCUAUUAAAUAUUUAGACAAUAUAUUUUUCAAGUACAUUGCAUAAACAAUAGUAUUCCACUAAUUGAAGCACAUCAUAAAGAAGAUGUAUAGAAAUCGAAAAUUCAACAAAAAUACCAAACCCAAAGAGAACCAGCCAACUUUAAAUGUAAUUAAUGAAAACUCGACAAUGAAAUUAUCGCAAAAUCGAAAUCGAGCACAAAAUGAUGUCGAGGAAAUGGACGUGCUUAGUAGCGAGGAAAAUAUACCAGCUUCGCAAGAACCUACUCAGCGUUAUCUGUCGCAACGUAGCGCGAUAACUGCCACCACUUUAGGCAGAACGCAGUCACGUUUGACUAGCACUUCACAAAGGCCACCAAACACUUAUUUCGAACUGGCAUUGACAAAAGCCGGUGUGCAGCUAACCGAUGAUGAAAAUUUUGUCUUAUCUUGUGAUCAUAUAACGUUUGUUAACAGACUGCGUGAGUUAUUUAACAAAAACCAAAAUUUUCAAGACCAUCUUGAAAUGUUUAAAAAUGGUUUAAAAGCUGCUUGGCCCAAAAUGGCCGUUAAGUUACUUAGCGGGUGCACUAUCCAUAUACCCGGUGAUGACAAUACAUAUCAAUCUCAGGAUAAUAUGAUUACUAAUUUUUUUAUGAUUGAAUAUUUGCGUGAAAUUGUGUUGGACUUGCUUUUGGAAAAAAUAGAAGAAUGUGCUCAACAAAGUAACCAAGCUGAAAUUUUUCAACAAAAUGGGGUUCCCUUCCUACCUUUAAUGCUAGCUCAGUUGUACAACGUUUCUGCAUCGCAUAGUGAUGUAAUUUUUGAACGUAUUAAGGUUAUAUUAGAGAAAUCUUCGGAGCUUAAUAGAUGGCAUAUAAUAAGUAAUACAAGCUUCAUUUUGGAUAAUAGCAAACAUGACGAAUUUGCUCAACUAAUGAUGGACAUCCUAACCAAUAGUAAGGAGCUAUUUCAACCGCCAGGCAUAGAGACCUUAAAUAAUUUAAGUCUAAGUGCGCGCAUACAAGCAAAAUUGCGGUGCAAAAUUUUAGCUUUUAUUAAAGAAGAUCAAUGCCCGCACGAAACCAUUCCCAAGUUGGUAAAAUUGUUAAUGAAAAUUUUGGGAGAAGAAAAUGAGAAUAGCAUAAAAGAGCUGGUAAAUACCCUUCGUGAAAUAUUAAUUUGGUGUGAACAUCAUACAACAACCUCUUUGGCAAGAGAUAAACAGGCACAAUUGGAAUUAUUCAGUAAUAUAGAAAAGAGCCUAAUACGUUCAAAAAAAUUCUACACAAUAUGGCUUAAAACAAUUGCUAAUCUGACUGCUGCACAGAUUAAAUCUAUAGAUUUGGUCGUUCUAUUGCUAUUAAUUGACAUACGCGAGGACAAUACCCUUUACAUUGAAAAUAUCUUAAAACAUCAUAGCAAAAAUAUGCCUACUUCGAUAAUACUGGAAAUUCGGGACAAAUAUACACCCAUACUGGAACGUCAUUGGAAUAUAUUAAUGGAGAUUUUAAAUUGUUUUUUACGAGAUAAAAAUAAAACCACAGUUGAAUUUGCCCAAUCAGCUUGCAGUUGUUUGUUCGAAAUUUCUGGUUCCGUGCAAAAGUCAAUAUUGAAGAAACUUUUGGAACUAACUUGCGAACGUUCAUCUCAAACUACUGUAAAUUUCGCUCUAAAAACGAUGCGUGACCUAUGGCGACUAUAUCCCAAGAUUUUACAUAAUUGGGGCACGAUAUUAUUGCCAUUUCUGGAUCAUAUUCAUGAAAUGUCCUUAGCACAAACGCGUAUUAUUAUGGAAUUAUUGUCGUCUGUCGCUUACCCUAUACCCACGCUGGAUGAGUGUGACACUUUACAAGAUCAACUUGAUAUAUUGGUCAAAAAGCAAUUAAUUAAUAGGAAUUCGCUUGUUAAAAAGCAGGGUAUUAUUGCUAGUGUCCAGCUAAUUGAUUGCAUAGCCCGUAUUGAGGAAACUGCGAUAACGUCGGACGAUUUUGAAACUAGUUUUAAUACAGCUGAUGAUUUACCCGAUGGCAGAGGCAAGAUAGCGGCCAAUUAUUUAAUGCGCACGCAAACUUCGACUAUGUACUCCCCAGAGCUUCUGGCUUUAUUCUACGAUGAGUUGGCGAUCGUAUGUUGUGCUAAAAAAAGCGAUCGUGCAAAUAACUUGCUCCUUGAUAAGAAUUUUGUUAUUUGGGUAUGUGGACUUAUGACUGAUUGUUUUCAAACUAGCUUCGUUCCUGACCACCAUCUCGAGAAAAUAGACGGCAUAAACUUGUGUUAUAUGAAGUGCAUAAAUGCUUCAAGUGAUAUUACGAAUAGCGAACAAAGCGAAUUAUCAACGAUUGCCAUAAACAUAGGAGAGCUGGUUUUAAAACCUAGUAACGAGGCAUCGUCCUCCAUCUUAGUAUUAGCAACGUUAUUCAACUUAGUGCGAGUCUUGAAAAUGCAGCGUUACGAAGGCAGCUUGGAGAGUAUCAAUGCAUUGCUCGGUUGCGCCAUUAUUCUGCCAGAUUUCUUCGACGAUCCUGAUUUGGACUCUAUAUUUAAUGAUUACGAAGAGCCAAUGCAAAAGAAGAUCUUAGACAUUUACUUUCACUGCGUCAACUGGAUGCGGGAAACAGUGAGUUCAUUUGUUACCCAACGCGACGCAAUGGUACGUACAAAAGUACUGCAGCGUUUAGUUGACAUAAUGAAAACUGAAAAUAAAAUUUACGAGAUGCUAGUAAAGGCCCCAAUAGAUUACACACCACCCCAAUGUCAAUUUACGUAUUCAUCCAAGGAAACGAGUCUGAACAUAAAAAAAAAAGGCAAGGGGCGACCUGCUGAACUUGCUAACAGAGCAGAUGUUGCAACCAAAGCCAAGAAGCCUAGAGCCAAUCAGAAACAUUCGGAAACUGCUCUCCCAAAUGAAACUUUCGCUAACGAUACCUUACGUACUGUUACGAAAAGCGUUAGCAAACCCAAAAUUUCUACUAAAUAUAAUUUCGAAAAUUUAUAUGGACCUAAAGAGAUCUACAGGCAAUUGGACACCAGUAUUAUAUUGAUUUUAAAGGAGAAACUUAACUUGAGUUACCCGCUGCCGGCGGAGAGAGUGGGCGCGGAAAUAGGUUUACUAGAAUUACGAUUCGUUUUAUCCGAUAUCGUUAGUAAACUAGAAUCGGUUGUCGGUAUACAAAAAUUUCAAACCGAAAGCCAUUUACAAUAUGUAGCCCAUCCCGAUUACUUCGUUUGCGAUCUUUCGCACUUUAUGCGGAUUAUUGAGGAGAAUAUGAAAAAGAUUUCAGUCGUCCUUAACAGUAAAUUGGAGCAAGUUCAACGUGUCUACAGUCACGCAGAUUUAUUUACGGAAGAAUUGAAUUUGUUAAAAGCUUGCUUCAGUUUAUCCCUGCGUCUGUUAGUCGCCUAUUUCUCAUGGUCCCAAUGGUUUGCUAACGAACACCAUAUUAAUAAGUUGAAAAAAUCACUUCUUGUAUUCAUGGACGCAAGCAACGCUCAGCAUUUGUAUGGUAAAUCUGUUGCUGUUGCUGUCUUGGCUGCAGAAGCUUUCGAUUAUUUAACGGCAUACGAAAAUUGUGUUAUUGACUUAAAAUCGGCCGUCAAUCUUUACCAAUUAAUGCUUCUACUAAACGCUCUUUCUGAAAAGGAGGCUAAAGAAAAACAAGCCCAAGAUAUGCGUUCACUGUGUCGAACUUUAUUGUGCCGCAAAUGGUUCAGCUACGAAGGCAGUUUAGAAAAAGAUUCCGAUUUUCGUCGGCAACGGGAAAUAUUGCGCAUUGUACGUGAGGAAUCAAAACAUCUAAAUGGCAAAGAUUGUUCUCUAAAAUCAUUCCCGAAUAUUAAAAAAGCAAAUUUCCCAUUAUUUUUUCGUGGCCUCUGUGAAAUUUUGGUUUCUUCAUUAAAAGUAGCCGUAAGUGAUGCAAAAUCGGCGACUAAUCAAUUAAGUGUAUGGGAGUCCAGUUGCAAGCUAUUGAAUAUGCUACUAGAAAUAGUACAAAGCUCAGAUGUUCCAAGAAAUUUUCAAAUUUUCGUUAAGUAUUCUCAUCUUUAUUUAAAAGUUACUGUGCAAGAUGGUUUAAAAGUAUUUGAGAAAUAUUUAAGACAAAAUCCUGAACAGGUUUGUGAACUGUUGAAGAAUAUGCAGAUCACCACAAGGUAUUUGCAUCAUUUAUGUUGCCAUUCCAAAGCAGCACUUAAUACUGCCAUUAUUAGUCAAAUACCCUCACUGCGGGAGACUGUGGAGAAUUAUAUAUUUCGAGUUAAGGCGUUGUUAACGGCUAAUAAUUGUGGAUCAGUAUUUCUUCUGGGUAAUUUGAAAAACAAGGACUUGCACGGCGAUGAGCUUUUAUCACAAACUGCUUCCUUAGGCAGUACUGUUUCCACGGCACAGAACAGCGAUGAAGAAAUUCCCGAUGAUGAUACAAGUAUUGAUGAAACAAUCGCGGAUAAUGACGACAUCGGCAUUUCCCACGACAAUGGCAGUAAAUCAUCAACUCGCAGUAGAUGUUUUUAACCAAAAAAAAAAAAAAAAGAAGGUAAUUAUCUACCGUAUUUUGUACUUUUCCAUUAAAAUCGUUUACCUGUUUUUUUUCGUUAUUAAAUUUUGUUUUUGUGCUUUUGAUAUUAUAUAUAAGACUGUCGAGUUUUUUUAUACCCGCCGCUGCAAGAGGUGAGUAUACUUAUUU